AGAGACGCCUCUCUUCAUACGCAAGGGACUAAAGGCAUCAUUACCCAGUCAGAGGUGGCCUGAGAUAAGAGGAAAGAGAUGGAAGAGCAGAACCCAGAAGCACCUGGAACUGGCAAGACAGCAGUGUCAGGCCUCCAUCCCACCCAAGCUGGGAGUGGUGCUGAAUUCUUGGAAAGCCUGAUGCCAGACAUCCACGAUCAGCUCACUGAUGUACAUUGCAGACGCUUCCGGCAAUUCUGCUACCGGGAGGCCGAUGGGCCCCGAGAGGUCUGCAGCCAGCUCCAUGGACUUUGCAGCCAGUGGCUGAGGCCGGAGAGGCGCACCAAGAAGCAGAUUGUGGACCUGGUGAUCCUGGAGCAGUUCCUGACUGUUCUGCCGCAGGGAAUGCAGAGCUGGGUCAGGGAAUGUGGGCCGGAAACCAGUUCCCAGGCGGUGGCCCUGGCCGAAGGUUUCCUCCUGAGUCAGGCAGAGGAGAAGAAGCAGGCAGAACAGAUGUGGGCACCAUCCAUGAAGGCAGAAGCUACAUUCCCUCAGGCGGAAGGCGCUUCCUUGGAGCAAGGGCAGAGGGCGCAGGCCAUGGAGCGUGCCCAAGAUGCCCUCUCCUGUGGCAGUGAAGAGAUGCUGUUGAACGUUCCUCUUUUCAGAGGGGUGGAAACGGCUGCUGCACUUGCAGCCCAGGGUCCCUUUUCCUUUGAGGAGGUGUCCGUCUCUUUCACGGAGGCUGAGUGGGCCCUGCUGGGUCCGGGACAAAGAGCUCUGUACAGGGAAGUCAUGCUGGAGAUCUCUGGGAGCGUGGCCCUUCUGGAAGCCAGGAAUGUAAGAGAGGCUCUGUUUGAGACAGACAGUGGUGUCACAUCCAAAGAAAGGCUGCAGAGUUCCUCAGGAGGAUCCCAAGAACAUAUUUCCUUCCCAAACGAGCUGGCUGAGACAGAGGACGAUCAGAGAAAUGAGGACGAGGAACUUUAUCAGCAGAUGUCAGACAGAGUUAAAAAUGAAGGCUUGAAAGAAAAUGUCAGUUAUCAAGGCCUACCUAAGAGAAAGUACUUUGGCCAUAUGGCUGGGAAUCGAGAUGGAAAAAAGCAGAAUGUACAUUUUCCAAAGCACAGGAUAAUGAAGGCAAGUCAAUCCGUUCAGUGUGGAAAGUACUUCAGAAAUAGAUCACAACUCCUUCUGGACCCAAGAACCCACACAGGGGAGAAACCAUUCGAAUGCACAGAGUGUGGAAAGAGAUUCAGGAGGUUUGGAAAUCUUCAAGAACAUCAGAGAACUCAUACAGGGGAGAAACCAUUUUCCUGCAAAGAGUGUGGAAAGAGAUUCAGGAGGAGUGGCCAUCUUCAGGAGCAUCAAAGAACUCACACAGGGGAGAAACCAUUUGAAUGCAUGGUGUGUGGGAAAAGAUUCAGGUUCAGGGGUCAACUUCGGGGGCAUGGGAGAACUCAUACAGGGGAGAAACCUUUUGAAUGUUCAGAGUGUGGAAAGAGAUUCAGUCUGAGUUGCACUCUCCAACGGCACCAAGUAACCCACACAGGAGAGAAACCUUUUGAAUGCUCAGAGUGUGGGAAGAGAUUCAGUCGGAGUGGCACUCUCCAACGGCAUCAAGUAACCCACACAGGGGAGAAACCUUUUGAAUGUACAGGUUGUGGAAAGAGAUUCAGUCAGAAUAGCCAUCUUCAAGAGCAUCAAAAAACUCAUACAGGGGAAAAACCUUUUGAAUGCUCCGAGUGUGGGAAAAAAUUCAGUAGGAGUGGAUAUCUUCAACUGCAUCAAACAACCCACACAGGGGAGAAACCUUUUGAAUGUUCAGUGUGUGGAAAGAAAUUCAGGUUGAGUGGCCAUCUUCAGAAUCAUUGGAGAACUCACGCAGAAGAGAAACCUUUUGAAUGCUCAGCAUGUGGAAGGAGAUUUGGUGUGCUUUCCAUUCUUCAAAAGCAUCAGAGAACUCACACAGGGGAGAAACCUUAUGAAUGCACAGUGUGUAGAAAGAGAUUCAGUCUGAUUUCCACACUUCAAAUUCAUCGGAGAACUCACACAGGGGAGAAACCUUUCGAAUGCUCAGAAUGUGGAAAGAGGUUCACUCAGAGGGGCACUCUUCAACUGCACCAAAGAACCCACACAGGGGAGAAACCAUUUCCAUGUUCAGAGUGUGGAAAGAGUUUUAGUAAGACUAGCACUCUGAGAGUGCACCAGAGAACCCACACAGGGGAGAAACCUUAUGAAUGCUCAGAGUGUGGAAAAAGAUUCACUCGGAGUGGCACUCUACAACAGCAUCUAAGAACCCAUACGGGGAGAAACCUUUUUAAUUCUCAGAUUAUAGAAAGAGAUUCAUUUGGCCAUCAUCCACCAGACCUAAAAACCCAUGGGGAAGAAACAGGAAAGUCAUUCUGUUAAUCAGAAUGAAUGAUUAACAAUAGGUGUCUUCAUUAAUCAAACGAUAGAAGUCUUCAGUGGCAUUACGGUGUGGCGAGAGCUUGAAGCACAGAUUUGAUUGUCAUAUUCCUCAGAGUGUCCAUAGAGGGGUGAAACAUUCCUAUAGCUGGCUCUGAGGAAGUUUUUCUUCAGACACCCAAGCGUUGAAGGCUCAGAAAGUAGUUACACAAAUGAGGGUCACACACGUACUUACACAAAAGAACCCCCCCCCCCCAUGAAACUUGCUACUUCAUGUGAUCUGCCAAUCUAAGUUUUCCUGAUAUCUACGAAACUGGCAGAAACAUUUCCUUUUCCAAAUCCUGUGAAAAAAUGUACGCGUUGGGGAUAACAGAUAUCUGCAGCCUCUCUGCGACUAACAACAUAAACCCAAAGGUUACUGUGACCAAAAUUACUAAAAUGCAUACAAUAUUUAUCACAAUAAGGACAGGCAAGCCGUAGAAAUGUUGUUCACAAGAGUACUGUGAAUUGUCUUCAGAAGGGUUGGACUGAGAAUUUCUUUGUGUGAACAAUAUUUCUAUGGUUUGCCUGGAGCUGGCAGGUGAACCGCGUGGAAGGGAAACACGUUCCUUAAUCCUUUUCCCAGGAAGGAGAAGCAAGUUUCUCUCCUCCCGCUCCUUCCCCUCCCCCCCCAAAACCAGAAAUGCCCCGGAGAGAGCCCUGGACCAAGGUUACUCCCCACCUGUGACGUUUCAGAGGUCCCCUUGAUUCCUCCUUGGAGAUGAUGACCUUUCAGCAGGGUGAGAAAUUUCAUCUCACUGCUUUAAUUUGGAAAGGUUUCUGCAUUUGGGGUUGCUAACAGGCCUGAAAGGGUGGAAGGAAAUCCUGUCUUUUCCCCAGAGGCUUCAUAGGUGGAAAUGGGCAUCUGAAGAGUGAAACAGCCCAUAAUGCCUCUCCCCGCCCCCCCCCCCUCCAGGCAGUGGGCCACCCUAGAAAACAAAACUCAGUUUGGGAAGGGUCACAGCUCAGAUUAAAGAGAUGAUGAUUUGCAUCAGGGA